CUUGUAAUUAACCAGCAGAGCUAACAGAGCUACUUUUCAUGGCUUUCUCUUUCCUCUUCUUGGUUUUUUUCUCUCUACUCCAACAACCCCUCUUUUCCACCGCAACUCUCCACAGUAGUACAUCUCUCUUUAGAUCACAACUCAUUUCCCAGCUAGACUCUUCUUCUUCUUCUUCCAAGAAUGCCACCCCAACAACCUAUUUUGAGGUCACCAAACCCAUAAAUCUGCCCAAAACCAAACCUUGCUCGUAUCUAGUCCUUCAACAUGACUUUGGUUACACAUAUGGAAAACCCCCUGUUCUUGCUAACUACACACCCCCUUCUAAUUGCCCAUCUCAGAAAUUUUCCAAGAUUGUACUGGAAUGGAAAGCAACAUGUAAAGGCAGGCAAUUUGAUAGAAUUUUUGGUGUUUGGCUUAGUGGGGUUGAGAUUUUCAGGAGUUGUACUGCUGAGCCAAGGGCUAAUGGGAUUAUUUGGACUGUUAAGAAGGAUAUUACAAGGUAUUACUCUUUGCUUAUGACAAAUCAAACUCUUGCUGUUUAUAUUGGGAACUUAGUUGAUAGUACUUAUACUGGUGUUUACAAUGUGAAACUUUUUAUUCACUUUUAUCCUGCUGAAGAAAAACAUAGUGAUAAUGAGAUGAAUUUGGUUUACUCUUAUAAACCAUUUGAUUCUGGGGCUGAUUUGAUCUUACCCAUUUCAAGAAAUCUGCCUUUAAAUGAUGGUUUGUGGUUUGAGGUUGAGAAUUCUACCGAUGUUCUGUCAAAGGAGUUAAAAAUUCCCCAAAAUGCUUAUAGGGCUGUACUGGAAGUUUAUGUUUCAUUUCAUGAGAAUGAUGAGUUUUGGUAUAGUAAUCCGCCGAAUGAUUACAUUACUGCGAAUAAUCUUAGUGGUACGCCAGGGAAUGGAGCUUUUAGGGAAGUAGUAGUUAGUGUGGAUGAUAUGAUAGUUGGUGCAGUUUGGCCUUUCACCGUGAUCUAUACUGGGGGUGUCAAUCCCCUCUUGUGGAGACCAAUAAGUGGAAUCGGCUCGUUUGAUCUUCCUUCGUAUGACAUUGAAAUUACGCCAUUGUUAGGAAAGAUUUUAGAUGGACACACCCAUAAGAUCUCAUUCAGUGUCACGGAUGCUCUUAACGUGUGGUAUAUUGACGCAAAUUUGCAUCUUUGGUUGGACGAAAAGAGUAUAAAGACAGAAGGGAAGUUAUUGGAAUACAGCGGUCUUCCCCUUUCCUUUUCUCUUGUGACCAAUUUUACAGGCAUUGAUGGAUCUUUCCUCACAAAUGCUAGUAGGUCGAUCACAUUGACAGGAUGGGUAAAGUCAUCCUAUGGGAAUAUCACUACUAAGUCAGCUCAAAGUUUAAGUUAUGGUAACUAUAUGGUGAUGGGAAAUGAAGGAAACUUGCAAAUUGUGGAUCAGAUUAUUUAUUUCAAUGAUACUGUCGAUGUCAUGAUGCCAUCUUCGUCUGUCCAGUCUCUUGAUUCUUUUAAAAAGUUUCUGCUUUUCUUGUAUACCGACAAUGUAGACAAAGGAGAUGAUAGCUAUGCCUCUAUCUCAAAUAUUACACUGGGAUUUGAUGAUAAGAGGGUAAAAUCUUCCGAGUUUGGAUCCUUUUCCAGCUUCACGGAAAAUAUGCAAAAUGCACAGGGCUACAUGCUUGUAAAGGGCCGGUUGGUGGUUAGUGGGCUUGGGAGUACCCAACAAGUCUACAAAUAUAAAGACGAUUCAUGCUGCUACUCCAGGAACAUAAGCAGCUCAAAUUACACAAUACAGUAUGAUAAAGUCAGCGAUAAUUGCCCCAGAAGCACUUCGUCUCGGUGGCCUUUCAGCUUCGGCAAAUUUUGGUCUGUACCUGCUCGAAGGGUUUUUCUGGCAUCUCAUUUUGGUGAUGUUAAACAUGGUGUCUGACCUCGCUCUAUUUCAUUGUCUUCGCCACUGCAAAUCCGAUCCUCUAUGAGGACUGCUGUCGAAGAAAUUAGCAACUGUCACGGUCUUCUAAUUAUGAUCAAAAGGCACUACCACUGCAGUGCCUCUUCUAUUCUUGUAUUUGUUCAAAUUUUUUCUGUGUGCAAUAAGAGAAUAGUUUCAACUGAUAGCAUGACCUUGGCAUUUGUGUUGCACCAUUUUCCAAAAUUAAAGUGAACUAGAACCUUGUCAGUCAUGGUAUUUUCCAACGAGAAUGAUACCUAAGUGACAUUACAUGUAUUGCUUUGCUGGCUUGCUAACAAUUAUUUUCUGCGAAAUUUUAUUUUGCCUA